AUGGGCCAUCGUGUCGCCGUGGAGAGGAUUUUGCGACGGCUCGCAGAUUACCCUUUCUUUCCGCAUCUCUUGGACUCAGGGAAGAAAGCCACGUACUCGUAUAUAAUCCUCACAUUACUUGGACCAAGUCUCAAUAAGAUACUAAAGUAUGUAACUGUUCAAGUUUGUCACCCUCGACCUUCAAUGUCAGGUCAUGUACACAGUACUUUAUGCUUCAGACUCUAUGGGAAAGUUUGUAGUGUUUCCACUCAAGUGAGAGUGGGAAUUAAUGUGCUAUUUGCACUCAAACAGCUUCAUGACAUUGGUUUCGUACAUCGUGAUUUGAAGCCAGGAAACUUGGCAGUUGGUCCUGUAGGCACGCCACAGUUCCGACUGAUACAUAUGUUUGACUUUGGUCCUCGCCCCUCGCAAGACAAUAAGAAGAUGGCAGCCCACAUAAAAUGCGGGGCCGUUCCACGAGUCCACUUCAGUAGCCUCACUUCACUAUUCAGACCACAGAUAUGUAUGAGACAUCGCACAAGUAGGGGAACGCUCCGCUAUUGCUCGAUUAACUGUCACGAAAAGGGAGAACAAGGACGUGACGAUGAUUUAUGGUGUUAUUUGUAUAUGUUGAUUGAGCUUCGAGGACCAUUACCGUGGGCAAUUAAUAAG